CCUUAAAGGAAAUACAUGGCAAGUCCAGGAUGGGUUUUUGAUCAAAAGACCUUUUUGAUCUUCAUCAUCCUCAAUCUCUCUCUGGGUAGUUGCUUAAUUGCUACUUCUUUGGAAGACUCAACUGCCCAACAAAAACUUGAUAAGGUUCUUAAGCUUCCAGGGCAGAGUUUCAAUGUCAGCUUUGCACACUAUGCUGGUUAUGUUACCGUCAAUAAUAACUCAGGGAGAGCUCUCUUUUACUGGUUCUUUGAAGCUGCUGACGAUCCUGAUUCAAAGCCUCUUCUUCUCUGGCUCAAUGGAGGACCUGGAUGUUCAUCCAUUGCUUAUGGAUUAGCAGAGGAAAUAGGACCAUUCCACAUUAGGCCAGAUGGGAAGACCCUUUACUUGAACCCUUACUCUUGGAAUCUAGCUGCCAGCAUUCUAUUCAUUGAUUCUCCUGUUGGAGUUGGUUUUUCAUAUUCAAAUACUUCCUCUGAUUUGCUUGACAAUGGUGAUAAAAGAACUGCGAAGGAUGCACUGAAAUUUUUGCUAAAGUGGCUUCAGCGCUUUCCUCAGUAUAAAGACAGGGAUUUUUACAUUGCUGGAGAGAGUUAUGCAGGGCAUUAUGUUCCACAGCUAAGCCAAGCCAUUGUAAGAUACAACAGGGCCACCAAGGCAAAAGCCAUUAACCUAAAGGGCUAUAUGGUCGGAAAUGCUCUGACUGAUGAUUACCAUCACCAUUUGGGGCUCUUUCAAUAUUUGUGGUCAGCUGGUUUGAUUUCCGAUGAAACAUACAAGCUAUCGGAUGUAUUAUGCGAUUUCGAGUCACUCGUUCAGUCCUCGGAUUCUUGUAAUCAGGUAAUCGGCAUCGCAAAUGAAGAAAUGGGGCAUAUUGAUCCGUACAGCAUCUACACUCCCCCCUGCUCUGCCAUUGCUAGCCAGGCGAAGUGGCUGCUGAAAAGAAGGCUUAUGGUCGGCCAGCUCGGUGAAAAGUACGAUCCUUGCACGGCGAAGCACUCCGAAGUGUACUUCAAUCUACCUGAGGUUCAAAAGUCACUUCAUGUUUUACCUGAAGCUGCACCAUCUAGAUGGGAGACAUGCUGUGACACCGUAAAUAUUAACUGGAAGGAUUCUCCGAGAACGGUUCUGGAUAUUUACGAUGAGCUUAUGCACGAAGGACUUCGCAUAUGGAUAUUCAGUGGUGACACAGAUGGUGCAAUCCCAAUUACAUCCACCCGGUACACCAUAGAUGCUCUCAAGCUUCCAACUGUGAGUCCAUGGCGUGCUUGGUACGACGACGACGGCCAGGUAGGAGGAUGGACACAAGGGUAUGAAGGGCUGAACUUCGUUUCGGUGAGGGGAGCCGGGCAUGAAGUCCCUUUGCAUAGACCGAAACAAGCUCUCACGCUCGUCAAAGCUUUCUUAGCAGGAACCUCCAUGCCUGCUGCCGCUGCCGCCACCGCCGCCGUUGGUUCUCAACAACUCAUCAGUGACUCCUGAAUUAUGGUACUAAUU